GCAUUUGGUAUUAGUUUUGUACUCUGUGUCUCUAGCAUUCUGGUCAAGACAAUGGUUGUGAUUGCAGUUUUUAAGGCCUCAAGACCUGAAGGAAAAGGGGCCAUGAAGUGGUUUGGGGCAGCCCAGCAAAGAGGCACUGUCAUUAUCCUAACUUCUCUCCAAGUGGCCAUCUGUGUGAUCUGGCUCUCCACUGCUUCUCCUACACCUCACAAAAACACUCACUACCAGAGCUCCAAGAUUGUGUUUGAAUGUGCAGUGGGCUCAGUAGCAGGUUUUGCUGCAUUGUUGGGCUACAUAGGCCUUCUGGCAGCCAUCAACUUUUUGUUAGCUUUCUUAGCAAGAAACCUCCCAGAUAAUUUCAAUGAGGCCAAGUUCAUUAUCUUCAGCAUGCUCAUCUUCUGUGCUGUGUGGAUUGCUUUUGUUCCUGCCUAUAUAAGUUCCCCUGGUAAAUAUGCAGAUGUAGUUGAAAUUUUUGCUAUCCUGGCUUCAAGCUUUGGUCUACUCAUAGCCAUAUUUGCUCCAAAAUGCUACAUAAUUCUUCAAGGGAGCGUACCUAUGUUCCCCGGAACUUCAGUUCGCGGCGCCCCCUCUCCUUCCCUCAUCACAAACAAAGUGUGGGCACGGAGCAACAACAACCCGCGCCUUGCCGUGCGGCUGCAGUCUACUUGGAAGCAGCGGGGAACAUAG